AUGGCAGCGGAACUUGGGCCGACAAAGCUCAACGCAGAGAGCCACCUGAUUCUGGAUCAACCUCUCCUACGGCUUCCACAUGAGCUAGCUCGCCGGAACUUCAAAACUGUUCAGCGCAUCGUGGAGAGAGAGAAGGAAUAUGUCAUUCCCGCCUUGAAAGAAUCAGCAAAUGCCUCGCUCUCUGGGAACCAAGAUCCUGCCCAAGCACUCGCCUCUUUGGACACGAUGAUAACCCGGAUGCAAGGGCUAAAGCGGAAGAUGGAGGCACUACAAGAGGAGGAGAAGAGCAUCCUCUCCCAGUCCAGGAAACGGAUCGAACACCUUGAGGACCUCUUCGGCAUACAGAGCUUGGUAGAUGUCAAAUAUGACAGAUGGUCGAAGACAAGGCUGAACAGGUUGCUGGUAGACCAUAUGCUGCGUUCAGGCUACCUUGAAAGUGCAAAACAGCUUGCACAUGAGGAAGGCCUUGAAGAUUUGGUGGACGUACAUGUCUUUGCGCAAUGCCAGCGCAUAGCAGAGAGCCUUCGGAGAGGGGAGACGAAAGAAGCUCUACAGUGGUGCGGAGAGAACAAAGUUGCCUUAAAGAAGCUACACAAUAAGCUGGAAUUUGAACUACGGAUGCAACAGUAUAUCGAAAUGUUACGUGCAGGUGAGAGAACAGAAGCAAGGCAGCAUGCCAAAAAAUACCUCACACCACACAGUGAGACAUACAAAUCAGAUAUACUCCGUGCUGCCGGGCUGAUGGUCUUCCCCCCUAAUACUGAUGCCGAGCCAUACAAGACUAUUUACUCCUCUGAGCGAUGGCAAACGCUAUCAAACCUCUUCGUUAAAACCCACCACGAUCUUCUCUCACUUACAUCACACCCAUUACUGCAGAUUGCCCUCUCCGCAGGCAUUUCGGCUCUAAAGACACCCGCAUGUCAUUCAGAAUAUACUACGUCUGCCUCAAGUGCGACCUACUCCUCAGGGUCCUCUAUAUGUCCCAUAUGCUCCACUGAGCUUAAUGAGCUUGCCCGCCCUAUGCCUUAUGCUCACCAUACGAAGAGCUCGGUGGACAAUGACCCGGUUGUCCUACCCAAUGGUCGAUUAUAUGGCAGGGAAAGCUUAUGCUAUAUGUCGAGCAGAUCAGGUGUUAGCACCGGCAAAGUCAAAGAUCCAAUUACUUCAGAGGUGUUCGAUGUGUCAGAGUUGAAGAAAGUGUUUAUUUCUUAG